AUGAUUUCUGCAGAAGAUGUCUAUCAUGUGGUGGCAGCCACAGUUCCAUUAUAUUUUGCCAUGAUAUUGGCCUACAUCUCUGUGAAAUGGUGGAAGCUCUUUACGCCAGAUCAGUGUGCAGGCAUAAACAAGUUUGUUGCUAAAUUUUCAAUCCCAUUAUUAUCAUUUCAAGUCAUCUCUAGUAUCAAUCCCUACAAAAUGAACCUGAGACUUAUAUUUGCCGACUUUCUUCAAAAACUACUUGCCCUUUUAGUACUGACGGCACUCGCCAAAAUCAGCUCUCGCGGACGGUUGAAUUGGAUCAUCACUGGUCUCUCCCUCUCAACAUUGCCCAACACUUUGAUCCUGGGUAUUCCGCUUUUGAGGGCUAUGUAUGGGGCUGAGGCAGAGCCACUUGUUUCACAGAUAGUUGGCUUGCAAAGCCUAAUUUGGUACAAUUUGUUGUUGUUUCUGUUUGAGCUCAAUGCGACCAAGGAAGCCGCUGUGACGCCAUCUUCUGAAACCACAGGGGAUCAAGAGGAGGCUGUUCAAGAAGCACAACACAAAGAAGGAGAGGAAGUACAAAGCAGAAGAACGAGGAAAGUCAAAGCCAUGCUCGUUCUUUUGACAGUGGGGAGGAAGCUAAUGCGCAAUCCAAACUUUCAUGCUACCUUGGUGGCUCUUAUUUGGGCAAGCGUACACUUCAGGUGGGGACUGAAAUUGCCGGACAUUGUUGAUAAAUCCAUAAGGAUACUGUCAACAGGAGGACUUGGUAUGGCAAUGUUCAGCUUAGGUCUAUUUAUGGCAUUGCGGCCCAGCAUAAUAGCGUGUGGAAUCCGAAUGGCAAUGGUUGCCUUGGCAAUGAAGUUCGUCAUGGGGCCUGCUCUAAUGGCAGUCACUUCUAUUGCCGUUAGACUAAAGGGCACAGAGCUUAGAGUGGCAAUUGUGCAGGCAGCUCUUCCUCAAGGGAUUGUUCCAUUCGUCUUUGCAAAAGAGUACAACGUUCAUCCAGAUACGUUGAGCACAGGGGUAAUAUUUGGCAUGCUUAUUGCCAUGCCAAUAGCAAUGGCCUACUACUCCCUACUAGCAUUGUAA